AGAAAAAACGAAAUUUUGGCAGUAAUUAGGCGGGAAAUAGUUGAAGGUUUUCUGAAGAUCUCUAAUGGCUUCGAGCUUUCGUCUUCCCUAGCAUUUCACUGUGCUUUUCUCUGCCGUCUUCAGAACUCUGCGUUUACUUCAAACCGAAAUGUUGUUCUUCAGAGGGAAAUCAGUCUCCAUAUAUUUUCCCCAUUUUUAGGGUUCACAGCUCAGAAAUAGUUUUUUUUUUUUCAUUGUUUGACUUCUCUAUGAAUACUUUUUCUCUGAAUUUGGCUGACCCAAUUCGGGACGCAAUUUCAAGGAUACGAUUUGCUCCACAUUCGAACAAUCUGCUUAUUUCUUCUUGGGAUUCUAGUCUACGAUUAUACGAUGUUGAUAGCUCUAAGCUUCGAAUGGAAGCUCCUGGGGAAGCUGAGCUCCUCGAUUGCUGUUUUGAGAAUGAGAGGGUGUGCUUUAGUGCUGCUACUGAUGGUUCAGUUAACAGGUAUGAUUUGGAUGCAGGUAUUAAAGUCUCAGUGGGAAAUCAUGAUGAUUCAGCAACCUGUGUUGAGUAUUCUGCCGAAACAUGUCAAAUAAUUACUGCUGGUUGGGAUAAAAAGAUAAAUUUUUGGGAUGCUCGUUCAACACAAUCUCAUGGAUGCUUGAGAAGCUUUGUUUCAGAGGUGGAGUCAAUGUCACUAUCUGGAUUAAAUUUGAUGGUUGCUGCUGGGUCCUCAGUUAAUUUAUAUGACAUACGAAGUUUUAAGACAUCAGUUCACACGGAAGGCGUGAAAGUAAAAUGUAUACGGCCAAUUUUUAAUCCUAAAGGAUUUGUUGUUGGAUCAAUUGAUGGGCGAGUUAUUCUGGAGUACAUCUCCAAAUCCAGCUCACAUGAGGGGUACGCAUUUAGAUGUCACCCAAAGGUUAAAGAUGGGAGGCGUCAUGUUGUAACAGUUAAUGACAUUGCAUUUAACCCAUCCAUUAUUGGUUCAUUUGUUACUGGUGACAAUGAUGGCUAUGCCACCUUGUGGGAUGCUCGAGGAAGGAAACGGAUAUUUGAGAUGUCAAGAUACCCCAACAGUGUCGUCUCUAUAUCAUAUAGCCAUGAUGGAUUACUUUUAGCAGUCGCAUCCAGUUAUUCAUACCAAGAAGCUAAUGAAAAUUGUUCAACUGCCUUUAACAGAGAAGAGCCACCUCAGAUAUUUAUACAUGAAAUAGGGAACAGUGAUCUCACGUCACCUUCUUCAGGAGCUUCAAACAAAAAAUGACUGCUAAUACACAACUCAGAUUAUAGUCUUUCCUUAUCUAGCUCUUAAACAGCAAAAUCUGCUGGUACCUGUGUACAAGUUGGCGUUUCCUCGCUCACCUUCUGUGAUGGCUAUUUGAUUCUGACUGAUAUUACGAGGAAAGGACUCAACACAAACUUGGGCGCUCUGGAGUGUAGAAUUUCCACUGAUGUAAACAUAAUGUCCAGUUGAUGUAUCGGUGUCUAGCAUAUCGUUUGCUGAGUGGAAAUGUAUUUCGAAAUUUAAGUUCUGCUCAUACCAAAAUCUCUUUUGAAUUGAUUGAUUUUAGCCUGGUUUUAUUCAAAUUGAUUUAUUUCAGAUGGAGCUUUAUAUGUUUUAGCUACUCACAUGUGUAAUGUGAAGUAACCCAUAUUUUCCUUUCUUCAAGAAUGAGAUGUUCUAUUCUUUUGCUUGAA